AUGGCGACAAGCACAGCAACCGCGUAUGCAUCUACAACGCUAGUCAGCGUGCCUCGAGGCCCGGCCUUCGAGAAGAAUUGUCCGACAUGCGGCCAGGCGCCGGAGUCCCAAUCUCACCCCGCAGAACUUACGCGCCGCCGGGUAAAGGACUUGGAGGGACAUGUCCAGUUUUUGAAUGAGCAGGCUGCUCAGAUGUCAGAGAAACUGCUAGAGUACGAAGCGGAAAUGCGACGACUCCGUGUCCAAGCCAAUCAACCCGCCCCCGGAACAUCCAGCUUUACCCCGCGAAAUGGCCUCUCGAUCUCCUCUACCUCGACGUCCUCGCACUCGCCGUCGAACUCGAACUCGACUUCGCAAGCACCCCCGCAACAAGUCGUCCCACCGACCCAAAGCCGUCUUUCAUCCCUUGCCUCGCUCCUCCCCUACCGCCGUCCCAGCACAGCAUCCUCCCAACCACAGUCCCAGCCACCGCCCUCGCCGGCCCUGCAACAAUGCCAGCCAAUGCCUUUCACCCAGUCUCCGCCUCCCCUCGAACCGCGCACUCCCACGCCCCGCCCCUCCUCCGAAGAAACCCUCGAGCUCCAGAAUGCACUCAGCCGCGAACAGAGCCUCCGCAAGGCGGCCGAGACACAGCUCACGCAGGCGAGCAGCGAGCUGGAGGAGUUGACGGCGCAGCUGUUUAGCCAGGCGAACGAGAUGGUUGCGCAGGAGCGCAAGGCGCGAGCGCGGCUGGAAGAGCGGGUUGCUGUGCUGGAGCGACGGGAUGUCGAGAAGAGGAAUCGAUUGGAGAGGUUGGAGAAGGCGAUGGAGAGGGUUGAGAGGAUUAGGGCCUUGGUUGGGUGA